GGUUCAUCUCCUGAUGUUUAUUGUCCUGGUUUAGACCUAGCUAUGCUGAAGACUUCUUCCCCGGGAGUUCUAACAGAAACAUGUAGCUAGUUUCCACACUGCCAUCUAGUGUGUAGGAGAAGGGUUGAUGACAGUAGGGAAGAAAUGGUUGGGUAAAGAAAUCGCUUGAGGACUCGGAGCAGCUAGCUAGCUCGUUAGUCAUUCGUGGAGUCAAGUUCGAAGACAAACUCGUUAGCUAGCUAAGUAUUAGCAGGCUAGUAGUAGUAGUAGUAGCUCUGUUAAUGUCAUGGAAUUGCUGUGAAUCUCUGGAUAUGGCAGAGUUGAGAUGCCGGAAAACAGUGGUAAAGGAGGGAGAAGAGGAGGAACACCAGCAAUGUGAAUCUGAACCUUGCUCAGAGAAUUUUACAAUGGACAAGGUUAGUCUGAAGGAGAAGUGUUCAGAGGACACAGAUGGAGCUACCUGUGGGGUUCAGGAGAAAGAGAAGGAAGAUGAAGAGGAGAAGGAUGAAGAUAAAAAGGAGGAGGCAGACAGUCAGAAGCCCUCUCCUGUCAAAAGAAACCGGAGCGCCUGCAGAUCGGUUAUGCUUCAGAGUCUAGUGAAGCUGUUCUUCGGAUGCCUGGCAGCAGUUACAUGUGGCAUGAUGUAUGCAGUGUAUCUCUACACCUACCACGAGAGGAAGUUCUGGUUUUCUAGCAGACAGGAGCUGGAACGGGAAAUCACCUUCCAGGGUGGCAGUGGACUCUACUAUUACUACUACAAACACAUGUUGACAGCACCCUCCUUUGAAAGAGGGAUAUACGAGCUGAUGAGAGACAACAGGACUGUGUCUGGUCAGACCAUCAACGCAGUGGAACGCCUGUCUCUGUACCCAGAGCUUAUUACUAGCCUGCUCUAUAGAAUCACAGGAAGCCAGGAUGUAAUAGAGCCAGUAUACUUCUACAUCGGUGUGGUGUUUGGCCUCCAGGCUGUCUACGUCACUGCCCUCUUCGUGUCCAGCUGGGUGAUGAGUGGCACGUGCGUGGCUGGCAUACUGGCUGUGGCCUGGUAUGUUAUCAACCGACCAGACACAACCAAAGUGGACUAUGCCAUUCCACUGCGGGACAACUGGGCCUUGCCUUACUUCUCUUGCCAAGUUGCAGCCUUAACAGGAUUCCUGAGUAAUAACAUUAACUCAGCCUCAGAGAUGUUCUGUUACCUCCUGAUGAGUGCCACCACCUUCACCUUCAUCCUGGUGUGGGAGCACAGCCACUACGUGCUCUUCAUCCAGGGCCUGGCCCUGUUCCUGCUCGACUCCUUUGACCUGGUGCCGUCCCGCAAGAUGGCUGACAUUCACAAGGUGUACCUGAGCUCUCUCUUCCUGGCCUACGUCCUCCAAUUCCAGAACCCAGCCCUGCUCAGCUCUCCUUUGCUCAGCCUCCUCAUCAGCUCAGUGCUAGCGAGGUACUUCCAGCAAAACAUGAAGAUGGGCCCCCUAGUGGCCAGACUGAUGAAGCUCUUUCUGCAUUUCUACCUUUGCUUCACCACCGGGAUCACCUUCAGCUAUGUGGCCAAGCGACUAAUGCCAGUCAGAGAGAGUGAUUUCAUUUUGAAAUUUCUUGAAGUGAAAUUCGGACUCAACACUACAACAGACUUUGUGACUAACCGGCUCCUGUGUCAAGAAUGCUUCCAGACCCCCAGUCAGGACUUUUUCCUGCGGCUGACCCAAGCAUCAGUCCUGCCUUUUUACCUACUGGUCCUCCUUAUCUGUCUCAUAUCAACACUGCAGACCAUCUACAGGAGGCUCAGUGGUGAGCCAAUGAAAACGAACCUCAGACUCGAAGAUGGACGAAUAGGAGAGCAACCCGAGGUCAUCUACCACGUUUUCCACACAAUGCUGUUCGGGGCUCUGGCUAUGGUCUUUGAGGGGAUGAAGUAUUUGUGGACCCCAUACGUCUGCAUGUUCACAGCGUUUGGCGUGUGUUCUCCAGAGCUCUGGGUGACUUUGUUCAGGUGGCUGAGGCUGAAGUCCAUCCACCCUGUGGUACUGGCCUUGAUAUUGAGCACAGCAGUUCCAACUAUCAUUGGAUUCAGUUUAUGGAGAGAGUACUUUCCCCGUGUCAUAGCAGAACUAUCAGAGCUGCAGGAAUUCUAUGACCCAGACACAGUCGAGCUGAUGAACUGGAUAAAGACCCAUGCCCCGAUGGCAGCAGUGUUUGCGGGCAGCCCACAGCUGUUGGGUUCGGUGAAGCUGUGCUCAGGUUGGACUGUGACCAGUCUGCCUCUCUACUCAGACAUUGACCUGCUGAGGAGGAGUGAGGAUACAUACCAGGUGUAUGCAAUGAGGUCAGCGGAAGAUGUCUACAAGAUUCUGUCUUUGCACAAGACGAGCUACGUGAUUAUCGAAGAGUCGCUGUGCAACGAGUUGAGUCAUACCAAGGGCUGCAGGAUCAAAGACCUGCUGGAUAUCGCCAACAGCCAUGUGGUGUAUGACAAAGGCGAGAUGUACUCUUUCUCCAAACACGGGCGAUUCUGUCAUGAGAUAAAGAUGAACUACUCGCCCUACACAAACUACUUCUCAAGGGUUUUCUGGAACAGGUCCUAUCACGUCUACAAAGUCAACUCUGUCAUCUCCUUCCAGUACUGAAGACAGCUCAGCUUCAGCCUAACUACUGAGACAAGACGUUCUUCUGUCUCUGCAGUGUCUGUUACCAUAGUUGGAUGCAAUACAACCCCUUCGCAGUUGGUACCCGUAAAAUCCGUGGAAGCGUGUUGAUUGAAUAUUCAGUCCCCUUGACAUUCUACUGGGAGUGUAAAUUGUCUUGAUAUUCUGCACAGUAACAAAUCACACAUGUAACAGAGUGAGAUCCAUGAUGAGAACAUUCAGUUGGUCCCCCAAUUAUUGCAUGUCAGAUAAGUGGUCAAACUCUUAAUGAAUAGUUAGGGGCGAAGUUCACAAUGCCAUGUGAGUCAUAGUACUGUAUUUUGUUUUCCAAAACACUAAUUACUGUGAUGUCUUGAGUGAAAGUAAAGCACACAUGCAUGUAAGGGAGACAGGUCCACUAUUCUCUUGUCAUUAUUUACCUCUUAAUAUUGACGCACAUGCAGUGCAUAUGUGUUUUAACAGUUGAAGUUUGCUGCUUUGCGUCUUAGGAUGUAUUUGCCUGCACACCCCUGUUUCUUCUGUAUGAUGUAAAAGGGAAGGGGCGGAUAAGGUUGACCAGAGCUCACUCUUAAGCCUUUUGGCAAGGUUCUCCAAUUUGGCCCGGGGGUGGUUGUAUUUGGCCCCCCAAGUUUUCUGAGAGAGAGUGUGUGUGUGUGUGUUUGUUUGUUUGUUUGUUGUUGGACAUAAAAGACUGUCAAAACACCAGGAAAUCAGCUCCAAGUGAUUUUAACUUAUGAAAGAGAGAGCCACGUGAUCGUAGAUGCAGGGUUUGAAAUGAUUUUGUUUUAGUCAAACAUAUCUGGGCUUCUUGCGGUCAAUUUGCAGACUAGAAAGUAGAAAUUAUUUGUAAUUAUGUUCUGGCCCACUGACCAUCCGCUCAAUAAAUAAUCGGCCAGCGGAUUAAUCUAGAUGAUGAUCCCUGCCUUAUGGGGAGUGAAGGCAGGCUCUGAGGCUAUCCAUUUAGGUUGCAUUUCAUUUUAAAAACCUAUUCUUCUGGAUGCCUUAGUCUUUUUUUAUUUAUUUAACCUUUAUUUAACUAGGCAAGUCAGUUUAAGAACAAAUGAUUAUUUACAAUGACGGCAUACCCCGGACGGCGCUGGGCCAAUUGUGCGCUGCCCUAUGGGACUCCCAAUCACUGCCGGUUGUGAUACAGCCCAGGAUCGAACCAGGGUCUGUAGUGCCUUAAACCGCUGCGCCACUCAGAAGCCUGAAUCUUGACAUAAAAUGUUCACUCAAAUGAACAAUUAUAGGCCACAUAGCUAAAGCAGUGGCAUUUCACAUGCUAUAUUGAGCUACCGUCAACUUGGAUCUUUUACUGGUUGUCACAGUAUGCCGGUCUAACUUGCUCUGUCUGGAAAUUGUAAAGAAAGUGGAUGAAUUUGUAAAUGCAAAGAAACUGAAGUCGAUCUACGAUGUGUUUUAAUUGUAUUUGUCUCAAAUGUUUUGCUAGUGCUGAACUGCAAUGACUUUUGCGUAGCUGCUAUCUGCUGUUUUUCUCCUGAAAUGUCAAUGCAAAGAAUAUAUGCUCUUGGAGCGGUCUCGUUUACCA